AUGGAACAUUUGCCAGGCGAUAUCCUUCCUUCGAUUCUUAUUUUUCUAGAAACCUCACAAAUAUUCAGGCACAUAGUUUUAUUAAGCAAAACUUUUUAUCAUGCAACGAAAGCGAUUGGGUUUCUUCGAAAUCUUGUCCAAAGGGAUUUUUAUAUCCAAAAACCGCUUGAUUUAGCAGACUGCACGUGCUAUAGACUUCUGAAAGAAUCUCUUGAGUUUAAGCAUAAAGAGGACUAUGAAUAUUUAGAUUUUAAAGGCUACUCCACAAAUGGAGGGGUUGAUGAGGAUAAUCCUAUUUAUUGACUUGAAAAUCUCUUUGAAAAAAACCAGAAGCCUUAUUGUUGCCGUGAAAAUAAGACAAAUGUGAAUAUCGUAAGUGUGCUGGUUGACUCACAGUUCAAUAAUGUGGAAUAUUAUCUGUCUAAAAGAGAAGCUAUUAAAAUCAUAAAAGAAUGGAUGAGGCAAAAAAAUAGGAAUGUACAAAAGAAAUGUGAGCAUGCAGGAAUUACUAUAUUUAAGUAUGUUUUUUCUAAUUUUCCAUUAGAUGCCAUUGCAUGUGGCGAAAAUGACCCUGAAGCUUUCAAAGAAAAAGUUCGCUAUGUAUACCAGCAGCUAGAAGAAAAACAAUGUGAUGUAUUAAAAUCAAGAAGAUAUGUAAAUGAUCCAUUUUUGCUAGAUAUUCCAAUUGAUAUAAAUGAAGCUGAUACCGCUCCUUUUAUAGCCUGCAUAACAGGCCUUGAAAUAUCAAGAGUCGGAAACUUUACUUGUCCAAUCAAAACAUUAAUUAUUUUUACAAGUGAAUCAUAUAUUGAUGUAACUGACCCAGGUCUCAGUAUUUAUGAUAAUUUAACUUAACUUAACUUAUAGAUUAGAAGGCGUCUGCCGUUUUGAUUACGCAGUCACCAAGGACCUCGAUAUGGAGGUUCACCUGCUUUGCGGCGUAGUCCUAACAAAUUAUAAAGGUCUGCCAAGAGGACAUACGUCUACUCCUUCCCACAGCGUGCUGCAGCUUAAGUGUUGAGUUGGCGGGCUAUGGACUUCUGCGGCUUGCUGCUUGAGUUGACGAGAGUUGGGUUUCCGAAAUUCAAAAAAAUGGAAUUUCUGGGGUUUUUUUCGGCAAAAAGGGAAAUUCCAAGUCCUGGAACGUAACGCCCAGUUUUACGCUAGGUAGUUGCCAGAUUGGUCUAGGCAUUGUCUGUAGACUCUGCUGGGCUUGCCCUUUCCAAACCUGGACUCUCUUUCCUCUCGAGGAGAAAAUCCAUUCUGGUCAUUGGACAUGGGCCAGGCUCUGCUCUGCAGAAUUGCUUACCAUGGCUUUGUUGCCCAUUUCCGGAAUGGCAAAACCUUGCCGGAUAUAAUUAAAAUAUGAGUCGAGUAUGUAUGGCCGGGAGGCCAUACCCAGACAAAAAUGCCAUAUGUUAAUUAUUAUGAUAAUUUAACAAAUGAUGAUUGUGUUAAAACGUUUUUGGAAAGCGAACAAAAGAUUAAAACUUAUCCAAAGUGUGAGUGCCAAGGAUAUGAAUAUUUUGAAUUUAAGCCAACUGAUUUUGUGAUUAAGCCUAUUGUGUGGAUUAAUUUUUUGGAAAGUCCAAGGGUUUAUGAAGUAGAUAUUGAUUUAAUUGGAAAAUUCUCUGGGAUGUAUUUGUGUGCGAAAUUAAUAUGUGCUGAAAAUAGGAGGUCUGAAGAAGGAUGGGAGCAUGAAAAUAUGAAUAUUGAUAUCACUUGGAUUUUGGCAAAAGGAAAGGUGAUAUCUUUUGAAGAUAAUUUAUAA